AUGGGGUGGAAAAACAAAAAAUAUAAAGCGGAUAAAAUCCUGGUAACCGCUGAUAUUGGUGAAAUGCUGCGAAGGCCGCAGGGAGCCAUGAAACCUGUCAUGACGCCUUUAUCUGAUGGGCUGUCUUACCCAUACAGCGAAUUAUCCCUUCCAGACAUGGAGGAGCUGGACAUGAUAGUUAGAAGACCGAGAGCAGACAUACCUGCAAAGUGGACAGAGGGCUCACCGGUGAUGGAAGGUGCUCUGAAGGUCCUCCUAGACGACCUCCGUUGCAAUGUAGCAGCUGACAUUAACUCCUUCAAGGAGGAGAUAAGUGGAGUGUCAAGGUGCUUACACGACACAGAAGUAACCGCUUCAGCCAACCAUGCCCACAUUACUAGCAUAGAACCCGAGAUAGGUGCGAUAGCCAAGGCCAAGAUGCAGAACCUCAAGGCGGCAAUGGUGGAGGUGGAAGAACAUAAAAAUAGGGGGCAUACCUGA